GGAAGAUCCGGCUGUAGCUUCUCAACAUAAACAGCAAUGGCGGAGGCAGCUGCAGCGUCUACAGCGGCUUCGUCAGUAACGGGAGGUUGGACCAAACACGUAACCUGCAGAUAUUUCAUGCAUGGUCUUUGCAAAGAAGGAGACAACUGUCGAUAUUCCCAUGAUCUGACCAACAGCCAACCUGCAGCCAUGAUUUGCAAGUUCUUUCAGAAGGGGAAUUGUGUGUUUGGGGACCGUUGCAGGUAUGAACACUGUAAACCAGCAAAGCAGGAGGAGCUGCCAACAACCGAGACGCUGCCGCUGCCCUCCGCCUCGCUGGCCGCCCAGUCAGACCCAGAACCCAGUGGGCCAACACCAGGUCCAGGGGCACAAGACUGGGUCAAUGCCGCUGAGUUUGUCCCAGGACAGCCGUACUGUGGACGGGCUGAGCCGGUGCAGGCGGAGAGCUCUGCUCCUCUCAUUGAGGAGUUGGACAGUGACACAACUAAGGACAAGAAAGAGUUGAGGAAGCAGCUUUGUCCGUACGCUGCCGUCGGAGAGUGCCGGUACGGUCUCAACUGUGCCUAUCUCCAUGGCGACGUGUGUGACAUGUGCGGACUGCAGGUACUCCACCCCACUGACAACAACCAGCGCUCAGAACACACGAAGGCAUGCAUCGAAGCUCAUGAGAAGGACAUGGAGAUUUCAUUCGCCAUCCAACGCAGCAAGGACAUGAUGUGCGGUGUGUGUAUGGAGGUGGUGUUUGAGAAGGUCAACCCAAGCGAACGCCGAUUUGGCAUUCUCUCCAACUGCAGCCACUGCUACUGUCUAAAGUGCAUCCGCAAGUGGAGGAGUGCCAAACAGUUUGAGAGCAAAAUCAUCAAGUCUUGCCCAGAGUGUCGAAUCACAUCCAACUUUGUCAUCCCAAGCGAGUACUGGGUUGAAGAUAAGGACGACAAGCAGAAACUCAUCCAGAAAUACAAGGACGGCAUGGGGAGUAAACCGUGUCGAUACUUUGACGAGGGUCGUGGAACGUGCCCUUUUGGCUCAAAUUGCUUCUAUAAGCACGCUUUUCCUGACGGGCGAUUGGAGGAAGCUCAGCCACAGAGAAGGCAGACUGGAUCCAACAGCAGGAGCAGGAACUCGAGGCGAACACCGCUGUGGGACAUCUUCGACGAGCGAGAAAGCACCGACUCCUUCGACAACGAGGACGAGGAGAUGGUGACGUUUGAGCUGAGCGAGAUGCUCCUCAUGCUGCUGGCCGCGGGGACCGACGACGAGGUAACGGAUUCAGAGGACGAAUGGGACUUGUUUCACGAGGAGCUGGACGAUUUUUAUGAGAUUUACCUAUAGCAGUCCCACCCACUAACCCCCCCACCCCCCAUUCCCCAUUCCCCAUGUAUACUAGACACUAGAAUGGACUGUCUUGUGCGAGUGAUGGACAGUAGCUUCCCACCCCCCACCCCUGUACUGUGGCAGUGCCUUUAAGCAGGCCAUAAAUAAAUAAAAAAAACUAAAAAAAAAAAAACCCAACCAGUCAGUGCGCUCGUGCUAAACAUUUUCUAGACAUCUAUCCUUGUGAGUCUUUCCUUGUGCCGUUCUUGUUAAAAUGAAAAAUAACAAAAGAACAAAAAGAACUCAAUAUAAGAUUUAACAAAAGUUAUAACUUCAAAUAUUGCUAAUAAACAUUGUCAGGUUUAUUUGUGGGUGUGGGUUUGACUUGUUUAUCAUCUACCCAGGUGUUUGUACAUACUUCUGAGACUCUGAGGAUGCACUUGAACUUACUCAGCACCAUUUACUGUAAUCGUGAUGGGCAUGUUGUAAGAUUUUACAUACGUUUUUUGAAGGCUGGAAAUAUUUUCUUUUCCCUUUUUAUUUUCUUUAAAGCCGCUGAUCGCCAAUAUAUUGUGCUGAUGUUUAAUAAAUUUACCAUAAUCAUUUUCAUGUUGUACAGAAAAGUAUUUACUGUGUUCCCCAGAAUUCUGUAGUAGCUUUUUUAUUUUCAGGGUUUAAAAGCCAUUCAUGUGAUAUUUACAUCAUUCUGGAGCACAAACUGUACAUCAAAGCCCACCAAGUAAAACUCUAGUAGGGUCUGUGCCUGUUAGAAGAAGGCUCACGUCUCUGUCACUGAGCAGCCCACCACAGGAAGUUUGAAAAUAAGUCAGCUCAUGGUAAGAAAAGUUGGUGCACAGUAAUAAGAUAUUUUUUCAAUAAAUGAAGAGAAGAAGAAGAUAAUGUUUCAAUAUGGCUCCAUUUAUUCCAAAAGAAUAAAUGUGGAAACUCUUCACACUUCCACAUUGAGAGUGUGUGUGUGUGAGUGUGUGAAGAGACUUCCUCUGGCCUGAACUUUGACUCGUGAAAAUAAUUUUCUGAUAAAUCUCUUAAAGAUAGAAUGUCCUUCUCUGGCCUCCUUCGUUCCAUCUGAUCAUUUGUAUUUUCAGCACUUGUACUGUGAUGGAUUCUAUGUCUAUGAGCCGCUCAGUGACUUUAGUGUCAGAGUUGCAGGGAUGGUGAUCCAGGACUGUGAUGGAUUAUAUAACAGUCCUGGAUCAGACCUAAUUGGCCCCCACCUUCCUCUCACUCACACACAACUGUACAUACUGCCUUCAAAUGAAGAAUGAAUUGAUAAAAGUGAAGAGUCAUGUCAGGUUUUCUCUGCAUAAUUUGCUCUACUGUAGUUUUGCAUAUAACUCUAAUUGGUUUCAUACAUCAGCAAACUGCUACUUCAUUCAAAUAUAAAUGUAAAAAUCCUCACUUCUUUGUCAAAUCUUUCCCCUUCCAUCAUCCUUCCUGAAUCUCAGUAUCCAGGAACACCUGUGGUACCAGAAGGCAAGACCUUCCUCAGAACCAGGCUAAAGAGUUCCCUCUCUUCAGCAGACUUACAGUGCAGAUAAUCAUUUCCCACCCAGUGUGAAGUGUAGACUCACUGCUCUCUGGGCUUUAGUGACUCAUAUUAAUGCAUAUUAAGCCGUGCUGCGGAGAUGCUCGUCCACUGACUCCUGAUAGCUGGUUUCAACCUGUUAAACUCCAUCGGAAUGCAUAUGUUUAUACUGAAAUGUGUGUUUUCUAUGUUCCACAGCCAUCCAUCUUAACUUGAAAUUAAAGUUUAUUAUCAAUC